AUGAAUGUAGAAAAUUCACAAUUUGUGGAAUGUGCUUUAGUUAGUGACGAUCGGUUAUGUGCUAUAUGCUCAAAAAAUGAGUUCAAAUACAAGUGUCCGAAAUGUGAAGUAAAAACUUGUAGUCUUUCGUGCUGUAAUGAUCAUAAAGCACAGUUCGAUUGUACGGGCAUCUGUGAUACUAUUACCUAUUGUCGGAAAAAAAAUUAUUCAACGUUUCUUUUUCAGAAAGACUAUAGAUUACUAGAGGAAAUAGACAGAAGAAAUGCUUAUAGAGAAAAACAACUUUUGUCGCUAUCUCAUCGAAGUACUGGAAGGAUACGUAAAAGGAAUCAACUAGUAAAGUUAGCCAAUGAAUAUGGUGUAACACUUCGACUUGCACCAACACUUAUGUUGUCACGUACAAAAGUCAACAAAACCCGUGUCCAUAUACAAAAAGAUGAACCUAAAAGUAUUUUGUGGAGCAUAGAAUUUAGUCUUAUGUCUCCAGAAGCUUCGGUUGUAACUUGUAUUAAUAGCCAUUCAAAGUCAAUACGUCUGGUUGUACAUGAUCAAGAGCAACUGACACGUUUAUGUACUAUAUGGAACGACCACGUACUUAAUGUAUCAUCUGAACAGCAAGAUACGCUGAUUACGCAUUAUCCCCCUAGUUCACCUCCUUUUGGAAAAAUUUCGUCAUGGUUACAUUCCAAAACAAGUCCAUCUUGUGAUUCUACUACCAAGUUUUAUUUCUAUGUAAAUGUCCAAGAAAAUGGUGUUGAACAAGUAAACAAAGAUAUCAAAACAACAAUAACUCUUCAGAAUAAUUAUGUGGAAGUAUUCUCAACGAAAAGAUUGAUUGAUAUACUAACAAUACCUGGCUUUGUCAUUCAUGAAAUGCCAACAAUUUAUGUCUCGAAGAAAGAGUUGAAAAAUAAAAAUGCUUACCAAUAG